CGAAGACGAGGUGCGAGUCUUUCGAUCCCAGCACGGAGCCUGCGACCAUUGAUCAGCUGACAUCAUAUGACACUGGCGCAGACGCUUGUUGUACUGUUUCGUGAACGGGAGCUGUCAAAAUUACAGAAAUGACCAGUCUUGGCCACCUAGAGCAUGUGGCUGCUGUGCAGCGGGACUACAUUGCUCAGCCUCGUCUCUGUUACAAGACUGUCACGGGUGUGAACGGUCCACUUGUUAUCUUGGAUGAUGUCAAGUUCCCAAAGUUUGCCGAGAUCGUCAAUCUUCACUUGGCUGAUGGCACCGAACGCAAGGGACAAGUGUUGGAAGUGAGCGGCUCAAAGGCUGUUGUCCAGGUAUUUGAAGGAACCUCUGGUGUGGAUGCCAAACACACUGUGUGCGAGUUCACUGGUGACAUUUUGAGGACUCCUGUGUCGGAGGACAUGUUGGGACGUAUUUUCAAUGGCUCUGGCAAACCUAUUGAUCAGGGUCCUACAGUAUUAGCAGAAGACUACCUUGAUAUUCAGGGUAUCUGCAGCCAGAGAGGAGGUACCAGGUCGUCGUGGUUUCCCUGGUUACAUGUACACCGAUUUGGCUACUAUUUACGAACGUGCUGGUCGAGUAGAGGGUCGUCAGGGUUCCAUUACUCAGGUCCCUAUUCUUACUAUGCCUAACGAUGAUAUCACCCAUCCCAUUCCUGAUCUUACGGGCUACAUCACAGAGGGUCAGAUUUACGUUGAGCGCCAGUUGCACAAUCGUCAAAUCUAUCCUCCUAUCAAUGUACUCCCUUCACUUUCUCGACUUAUGAAAUCUGCCAUUGGAGAAGGAAUGACCCGCAAGGAUCACUCUGAUGUUUCCAACCAGCUAUAUGCUUGUUAUGCUAUUGGCAAAGAUCUCCAGGCCAUGAAAGCUGUAGUGGGUGAAGAGGCUUUGACUUCAGAUGAUCUGCUGUAUCUAGAGUUCCUUGCCAAGUUUGAAAAAACAUUUAUUUCUCAAGGAUCAUACAUGAAACGCUCUGUCUUCGAGUCCUUGGACAUUGGGUGGCAGUUGCUUCGUAUCUUCCCCAAAGAAAUGCUCAAGCGUAUUCCAGCCUCAACUCUUGCAGAAUUCUACCCACGAGACCGGCCACAGUAGUGUACAAAAACUUACAGGUGAUCAUGAAAUUUAAGGGAUUUUACUUUUCCGGGCAAUGGUUGUAUAUUUGUGAAAAAUAUAUGGUUAUCGUUGUUCAUAGAUAGAACAAAAGACAGACUGCAUGGGUAAAUGCUUAAAAAAUUUAUGAGAGUAUAAUCAGGAUAAGAGUAAUUUGUUAAGAAUUGAUCAGGUUAUUUUGAGACCAAUAGAUUUUUUAAAGUAACAUGUAAGUUUCCUUUUUUUAUAGAGCUUUAUCAUUUUUUAAUCAUAAUAGGAGCUAGUGUUGUACAGUCAAUAAGAUGCAUAAAUUUUUGACAUAAUUAAUAUUGCAUUGAUUAUUUUAUGGGUAUGAAUGGUAGCAGCAAUACCAUUUGCAGUAUGCCUUCAGCUGUUAAUUGUCGUUAUUAAUUUAUAUUAAAAAUGUUGCUGCAAAUUUACGUGUAAAAAUUGUGAAGCGGCAAAAGAUGCACAAAUAAUUUUUCCAUAUUUUCUGUACUAGUAAUUUAUAUACUUUUGUUUUGAAAAGGGGAAGGGGGAUGGAGAGGAGGAACAUCUUGUAUAGAACACUUGAUAACAAUGAAGCCAACAGAGCAAACUUGAAAUGAAGAUGCUGUUAUGCAUAUUCCUGUAGGUUGUAAAAACUCUUCUUAAUAUGCUGGUGUUAAUUAGCACAGCUUAGCAAUGUGGUGUGGUUGUUGUAUAUAUUAGCGGAGCAGUUGUUGGGUGCAUAAUAUAGACGAGUAACAUAGGUUUUCAACCUACAGUGAAUCGGCGAGAAACAUUGACGUACAUUCCAGGAAGCAAUCACAACUGCUCUCAUUUUGCUUAAGAGAUUAUACUUUUAUUUCAUUGUAAUUUAUGUGUAUUUGAGAUUGUGUAUAAUAUGUAGAGAAAUGUAGUACAGUAUAUCUUUUGUCUGGAUUAGAGCAGUGUUGUAAAGUUGUGGAUAUAAUGACUGGUAUUGUCUCCAAUAAAAUGUAUAAUAGUUA